AUUUCCGCUGGGUCGCUGCGCUGACACUCAUGAGAUCUCGAGAGCGGGGGAGCCGGGGCCGCCCACAUUGGGAGAUCGAGUCCGAUGGUUUCCGUUGGGUCGCUGUGCUGACACGCAUGAGAUCUCGAGAGCAGGAGAUACAGGGCCGCCCACACUGGGAGAUCGAGUCCGAUGCCACGAGCUGCAGAUCCUGCUGCGUCUGGAGCUGCUGCCCUGCGACCUCCCCUCGCACCCCCUGGUGUCUCGAUUCGCGAAGCAGACUCAAGCACGCUGCUGGAGAGGGUGGGUUGCUAAACUUCUCCUCCACACCCCCCCUCUGUUCCUCCCAAUCCCCCAGCCACGAGCUGCAGAUCCUGCUGCGUCUGGAGCUGCUGCCCUGCGACCUCCCCUCGCACCCCCUGGUGUCUCGAUUCAUGAAGCAGACUCAAGCACGCUGCUGGAGAGGAUCCUGCUACGUCUGGAGCUGCUGCCCUGCGACCUCCCCUCGCACCCCCUGGUGUCCCGAUUCGCCAAGCAGACCCGCACGCUGCUUGAGAUGGUGAAUCUGAGCCGAGAGGGCGGCGUGUUUGGGGAGAGCCUGGAGGAGUAUGUGCGGCGACUGCUGUGCUCCAGGUACCGCACCAAAUGUCCCAACUUCCUCUCGCUGCUCUUCUCCAAGCUUCGCUUCCAAAGCAGUCCCCUCAUCGCCCCUCCUCCGCCCCCGGCUGUAGCACGAGCUGGUUACCACCCAGGGGUGCCAAAGCCCGCUACAGCCGUCACUCCCCCAGAGGCAGGCGGGAAUGCUGGCUCUCCCGAAAAUGCUGGUCCGGGAGGGAGUGCUGGUUCGGACGGGAAUGCUGGUUCGGGAAGGCAGGAAGGGAAUGUUGGUUCGGAUGGGAAUGCUGGUCAGGAAGGGGGAGAUAAUGCUGCUGGGCACGCCACGAUUGUGCGUGAUCUGUCGCGUGCCUUUGAUGCUGUGGCGGGGGGAAGGGAGGGACGGGAGGAGGAGGAGGAGGAGCAGCAGCAGCAGGGGCAGGAAGAGGCUGCAGAAGGAGAGGAGGAGGGAAAGGAGGAUGGAGAGGUGGGGGAGGAGGAAGAGGGAGAGGUGGGGGAUGAGGAGCAAGAGGAGGGAGAGGAAGAGGAGGAAGGAGAGGGAGAGGUGAAGAGAAAGGUGGGAGAGGAAGAGCAGGAAGAGGGAGAGGAGGAGGGAGAAGUGGGGGACGAUGAGCAAGAGGAGGAGCAAGAGGAGGAGGAGCAAGAGGAGGGGCAAGGGGAGGAGCAAGAGGAAGAAGAGAGCAAGAGCCAGAGUGUGACUAUGGCGGGGUCGGGCGCCCGUGGCUCAGUGCAGCAGAGAGGUGGGUUAGGUGGAGCUUACCCUGACUCUUCCACCUUCCACGGGGAGAGGCAGGGGCAGAAACAGGGGGAGAGGCAAGGGGGGAGACAGGGGCAGCGGCAAGGGGAGGGGCAGGGGCAGCGACAGGGGCAGCAGAGCCAUGGGCAGACGUGGGAGCAGGUACAGGCGCGUCAUAAGGCCCAAGACCGCCAGCAGCAGCGCCUUUGGAAUGAUUCUGGCGAGUGCUCUGGGGAAUGCUCUGGCAAGGCAACGAUGAGUAUGCGUGGCAGAGCUUUUGAGGCGCCUCUUAAGUCAUCUCAGUACUCGGGGAAAUGCUCUGGUGAGGGGCUGGGUGUGCGGGGCAGUGCGUUUGAGGCGGGGAAAUCGUCUCAGUUCUCUGGGAAAUGCUCGGAUGGAGGGGUGGGUGUGCGGGGCAGUGGCCGAUGCAGUGGCAGUGUGAGCAGGAGGUCUGGUAGCUGUGCUCCUGCUGCUCGAGGGUCACUGGGGCCUUAUGGUAGUGUAUCCGCUGCUGCUGCUGCUGCUGCUGCUGCUGGCAGUGCUGCCGCUGCUGCUAGCGCAGGUGCGCUGAUCCCCAUAUCUGCUCGUGCUCGUGCUGGUGCUGGAGGAAACCUGUUUGGUAACGCCCCUCAUAACGCCCCCAGUAACACUGCUGCUGGUAACACAGCUGCUGGUACCGCAGCCCCUGUGGCUCUCGAGCAUAUGACGAAUCGAGCGGCGAGGAUUCUCAAAGCUGCCGCAGCAGCUGCUGCCGCUGCUGGCAGAGACCAAGGAUCCAACCACCUUACAAACCCAUCCGCCCAACACCCAAAAGGGCCUCCUGCUUUUGAGUCGGCUCAGAACCCCGAUCCCCGUUCUAAACCUUCCGCCCAACACCCUAUGGCGCCUCCUGCUCCUCCUCCUCGCUCCUCCCAUCCCCUCGCCCGUCUGCCUAUCUCUGCCCCGCCCGAGUCGAGAAAGAGAAAGAGCCCGGAUGGUGGGAGGGGAGGGGACGGCGGAAGGGGAGGAGGAAGGGAAGGAGGAAGGGAAGGAGGAAGGGAAGGAGGAAGGGAAGGAGGAAAGGGAGGACGAAGGGACGGGGAAAAGAAUAACGACGUUGCUGACUGUGUUACCUCCUGCUAUCGGGGUCCCUUGGGAGAGACUGAAGGGGUGGAAAAGGAGGGAGGGCGAAAGUUCUCCAAGUGGCACGGCGCCCUGCCGCCCAAAACCUUCCGCCGCCCGAUGCAGCAGCAGAAGCUUCCGUUUGGUCUUCCAAGAAGCACUUCUGGUGGUGGUGGUGCUGCUGCUGCUGCUGCUGCUGGGAAAGGUUCUGCUGCUGGGAGUGGGAAACGUGCUGCAGGGACUGCUGCUGAUGGCAUGUUCGGCGAUCGACUGACUGGCAAGGGUAGCGUGAGUAGCACUGGCGCCGCCGCCGCCGCCGCUGCUGCUGCUGCAGGUGCUGCUGCUUCGCUGUCCGUGUCGGUAUCAGUAUCUGUUCCUGGGGAUCUUGCCCCUGAUACCUCGGCAGCUGCUUCCGUAGCUGUGCCGGCGGUUCGGGCAGGUGGGCAGGCCGACGGACCUGUGGUUCGGAAAUCAGGCUCGGGCAGCGGAGGGUUCAUGCUGAUUGGUCGGCAGAGCAGCCUCGGCAGGCUGGUAUUGACUCAAGAAAGCAGCAGGGAAGGGGGGGGUGGGGGGGACCAAGCGAAUGGGUCGAAUCAGGAAGAUGCACGAAGCGCUAAGCCUUUUGAGGCGCCUCAAAAGUCUGUUACGAGGCGAUGGGACCUUGGAGGGGCGUCUGAGACCACAGGAGGUGUGGAGUACCCAAGGGGGGGAGAUGCACGAAGCGCUAAGCCUCCUGCUGCAGACAUUUUCUUAGACUCCCUGGCAGAUAUGCUGCUGGGGGAGAAUGAUGCCGCUGCCCCAGCGCCGCUGACUGCUUCUGGGUGGAUUAACCGCCGUCAGCCGUCCCUUAGGGCUGCUACUGCUACUGCUACUGCUACUGCUACUGCUGCUGCUGGUGGUGGUGGUUCUGCCACUGCUGCUGUUGCUCCUGAAUCUGCCGCUGCUGCCGCUGAUCCUUUCUUCGGGUCCCUGGCAGGGAUGCUGCUGGGGGGGAGUGACGCUGUUAUUCCAGCGCCGCUGACUGCUAGCGGGUGGAUUAACCGCCGUCAACCUUGCCUUGCGGCUGGUAGAGGUGGUGGUGGCGCUGCCACUGCUGCUGAUUCUCGCGCUGCUGCUGCUCCUGAUGAUUCUCGUGCUGCUGCUGGUGGUUACGCUGCUGCUGGUGGGGAGGGCGGGAACGAGCAGCAGGCACAGAAACAGGGGGGCGACAGAGAGGAGGCGGAAGAGAGGGAGCAGGAAGCGGAAGGAACAGCAUUUGCAACAGGAAUGCAGACGAUAUUUGAGGGGAAUAAAAGGGUGGAGCAGGGGGAGGAGGUGGAAGAGAGGGGGAAAUCAGAGGAAGGAGCGGAAACAGCAGCAGCAGCAGGAGCAGCAGCACGCGCGAAAGCAACAGGAGAAACGGAAGCAUCAGCAGCAGCGGAAAGAGCAGAAGAAUUGGAAAUAGCAGCAGCAGCAGGAACGCGGAUGAGCCUCAGGCGUGGACGCAAGCCCACGAAGCCUUGCAAGAUUGAGCUGCGACGCCACAAAAGGUUGGGGAAAGGGAAGGGAGAAGUGGAAAGGGAGGAGGGAGAGGAGGAAGAGGGGGAGCAGCGAGAGGAAAGAGAGGAAGCAGCGAUGAGCCUCAGGCGUGGACGCAAGCCCACGAAGCCUUGCAAGAUUGAGCUGGGACGCCCCAAAAAGGUGGGGAAAGGGAAGGCGGUGGAAGAGGAGGAGGACGUGAAGGAGGUGGAAGGGAGGGAGGAAGUGAAGGAGGUGGAAGGGAGGGAGGAAGUGAAGGAGGUGGAAGGGAGGGAGCAUUUAAGGGAAGAAGCAGAGGUGGUGGGAGCAGGGAUGAGUCUCAGGCGUGGACGCAAGUCUGGGAAUCCUCAUAAGCUGGUACCGGAGCGGCCUAAGGGGGUGGGGAAAGUGAAGGGGGGAGAAGUGGAAUGUAAGAGAGGAGGGAAAGCCAAAGGGAAGGCGAAUGAAGAGAAUGAGAAUGGAAGAAAUGGUUCCCCUCGCUGCACGCGGUCACGAGGGAGAGCAGAGGAGGAAGAGAAGGAAGAGGAGGAAGAGAAGGAGGAGGUGGAAGAAAAGGAAGAGGAGGUAAAGGGGGAAGAGGAGGAGCGAAGGGAGAGGAGAAGUGGCAAUGGAAAGACGAGGAAUUCAAAUCAAGGGGCAAGAAAUAAGGGCGACGCUGUGGUUGGUGGUCGUUCCACGCACCACACGCGAUCACGAGGGGGAGUAGAGGAAUCUGGGAAUUUGGGCAGGGGAAUGGUUACACGACAACGGAUGGUUACGGGGGCUAGUAUGCAGGGGAUAGCUGGAAAGCGCGGGGUGCAGAUAGGAGAGGAGAAGCGAGGGCAGGGAGUGAGGCGAGGAGUGGGAAGAGGAGGGAAGGGAAGGGGGGGAAGGGUGCGAGGUGAGAGAGGGAAUAAGGGGGUGGAACAGGUGGAAGGGGGAGAGGGGGAAAGUGAAGUGGAAGAGGUAGGAAAGGAGGGGGAGGAAGAAGAAAGGAAGGGUGAGGAGGAGGAGAGAGAGGAGAAAGGAGAUGGUGGUGAGGAAGAGGAAAGGAAAGGAGAGGAGGAGAAGAGAGAGGAGGAAGCGAAGGGAGGGGAGGAGGAGAAAGGGGAGGAUGAGAUGGAAGAGGAAGAGAAGAGCGAGGAGGAAGGCCAAGGGGAGGCACAAGAGCAGGGAGCUGGGUUGAAGGGAGGUGAUAGAGGGAAUGAUGAUGGGGGGAAAGAUGGGGGGAAGGGCUGGGGAAACGACAGUGGUAACGAUGGGGAGAAUGACGGAAAGGGAGGUGAAAAUGGUGGGAAGGGGACAGAGAGAGCGAAAGAUCAAGGUGGGCUAGAGGAGAGGGGGAGGGAAGGGGGAACUGCGGAUGGGGAGACGAGAGAAGGGCAUGGGAGGGGGGAAAGGGAAGGGGACGGGAAAGAAGGGGAGGAGAUGGAAGAAGGAGAGGAAAGGGAAAAGGGAGUAGAAGAAUGGGGAGGGAAUGAGGGAGGGGAUGCUAAGAAGGAAGAGAAGGACUUCAGAACUGGGAAGAACGGAGAAUAUGAGAAUGAUGAGUGGCGGGUGGGGGGGAGAAAGGAGGAGGAGAGGGAGGAGGAAAGCGAGGAGAAAACGGAGGAGGAGAAACGAGAAGAGGACAGGUUGGAGGAAAGGGAGGCAAGUAUAGAGGAGGGGAGGAUGGAGGACGAAGAGAAAGGAAGGGAUGAACAGAAGAAGUUUGUGGAUGGAAGCAAUGGUGAGGGAGAGAAGGAGGCGGAGGGGGAGACGGCGGAGGAUGGGGAGGCGAAGGAGAAAGAGGAGGAGGAAGAGGAGGAGGAGGAGAAGAAAGACGAGGAGAAAGAUGCGGGGGAAGAGGAGAAAGAGGAGGGGGAAGAAGAGGGGGAAGAGGGGGCGAAAGAGGAGGCGAAAGAGGAGGAUAAAGAGGCAGAAAACGAGAGGGAGGAAGAGGAAGAUGAGAAUGGGGAGGCAGCAGGGGUGAAAGAGGAAGGGGAGGAGGAAGGGACGGGGGGUGGGGAUGGGUCGGAGGUUGGGGAAAGGGGCCAAGGAGAGGGAGAAGCUGCGGGUGAGGAGCAAGGAGAUAAGGAAGAUGAAGAGGAGGUAGAGGAAGAGAAAGGGGAGGAGGAGGAAGAGAAAGGGGAAGAGGAGGAGGAGGGUGAGGAAGGGAACGAGGGUGAGCAAGAAGGUGGAGGGGAGGAGGGUGAGAAAAGGGAAGAGGGAGAGAAGGCAAGGAAAGAAGAGGUGGAAGGCGAAGAAGGGAAAAAGGGAGAGGAGGAGGUGGAGGAAGGGGAAGAGGGAGAGGAAGUGGAGGAAGGGAAAGAGGAGGGGGAGGGUGUUGAGGUGGAAAAGGGACAGAAGGAAAUGAAAGAAGAGGUGGAGGAAGGGGAAGAGGGAGAGGAAGUGGAGGAAGAGAAAGAGGAGGGGAAGGGUGAUGAAGGGGAAAAGGGAGAGGAGGAAGGGAAAGAGGAGGUGGAGGAAGGGGAAGAGGGAGAGGAAGUGGAGGGAGGGAAAGAGGAGGGGAAGGGUGAUGAAGGGGAAAAGGGACAGAAGGAAAGGAGAGACGAGGUGGAGGAAGAGGAAGUGGAGGGAUGGAAAAAGGAGGGGGAGGAAGAGAAAGAGGAAGGGGAGGAAAGGGAGGAAGGGGAGGAGGGAGAGGAAAUGGAGGAAGGGAAAGAGGAGGUGGUGGAAAGGGAAGAGGGAGAGAAAGUGGAGGGAGGGGAAAAGGAGGUGGAGGGCGAGGAAGGGGAAAAGGGAGAGGAGGAAGGGAAAGAGGAGGGUGAGGAAGUGGAAGAUGGAAAGAAGGAAGAACGAGAGGAGGUGGAAGACGGGGAAGAGGGAGAGGAAGUGGAGGGUGAGGAAGAAAGGGUCCUGAACUUAGUGGAUGGUAUUGAGGAAGGGGAGGAGUGUGAGAGAGGGAAAGAGGGAGAGGAGGAAAGGGAAGAGGAGGUGGAGGAAAGGAAAGAGGAGGUGGAGGAAAGGAAGGAGGAGGCGGAGGAAGGGGAAGAGGGAGAGGAGGAAGGGAAAGAGGUUGACGGUGAGGGUGAGGAAGAAGAGCUCCUGAUUGCAAUGGAGGAUAUCGAGCAAGGGGAGGAGAAUGCGGAAGAGGGAGAUAACGAGGAGGAGAGAGAGGAAGAGGGUCGGGAGAUAGAGCACGGAGAGGAGGAAACGGAAGUGAAAGAGGAAGAGGGUCACGAGGAAGAGCAUGGGGAGGAGGAAGCGGAAGAGGGAGAGGAAGAAGGAGAGGAAGAAGGAGAGGUUCAGGAGAUUGAGGAGCGAAUUGAGAAAGCGGGAGUUGGAGUGAGAGGGAACUCUGGAGCAAGCUUUGGGGGGAGAGAAGAGCAGCGAAAUGGGGAAGGGCAAGAGGGAAGUGAGGAGGAAGAGGAGCAGGAAAGGAAGGAUGAGUUGGCAAACGAGGGAGCGGAAGAGGAAGAGGAAGAGAGAGAGGGAGAGGCGAAAGAAGAGGGAGGACUGGAGGAAGAAGGUGUGAUGCAUCGAGCGACAGAGAAGGAGCGAAGGGAGAUGGAGCAUGCGGGGGAUGUUGGAAAGCAGCAGAAGGGGAGGGAAAACGGGAAGGAGGGGGAGGAGACUGAGGGAAGUGGGGCGAAGCGAAGGGGUGCGCAGGUGCAGGGAGGUGGAGAGGGGGAGGAUGGUGUGGGAGGGACGGUGGGAUGCAGGAAAAGAAGAAGGGAAGAGGGUGAUGGGGAAAAGUUACCUGAGGAGGGAGUUGAGAAUGGGAAAAAGGGAGGAGCAGGUGCAGGAGCAGGAGCAGGAGCAGGAGCAGGAGCGGGAGCGGGAGCAGGAGCGGGAGCGGGAGCAGGAGCGGGAGCAGGAGCGGGAGCAGGAGCGGGAGCAGGAGCGGGAGCAGGAGCAGGAGCGGGAGCGGGAGCAGGAGCAGGAGUGGAGAGUGGUAAUGCAGGGUCGAGCAUGCAUGAGGAGGACGAGGUGCGCACGAAAAAGAAGACAGUGCAGAGCAACGUAGCACCGCUGGUUGAGUCGCCUCAAGGAUCGUCUCAGCUCACUAAAAAGAGGGCGGUGCAGAGCAGCAUAGCAGCACUUUUCCUGAGAAGAGCUGGGGGAAAGCCUGUGAGUCAGUCGAGAAAAGGGGGUGUGGGAGCGGGGGAUGUGGGAAUGGGGGGUGUGAAAGCGGGGGGUGUGGGAGGGGGGGGUAUGGAAGCGGGGGGUGAGGGAGGGGGGGGUAUGGAAGCAGGGGGUGUGGGAGCGGGGGUUUUGGGAGAGGUAGAGAGGGGGAGCCAUCAGCAGGGAGACAUGCAGGGAGCGACGUGUGGGGAGGAAGCAGCAGUGGGAGUGAGUGGGGUGGCUUGUGCGAAGGCAGGAGGGGGGGGUGCAGGGACGAGGACGGAAGGGGGAAGUGCAGAUGCGAAGGCAGGUGGGGGGAGUGCUGAUGCGAAGGCAGGUGGUGCAAGUGCUGGGGCAAGGACGGGUGGAGGGAGUGCGGGGAGGAAGACGAAGGGGCGGUUGCAGGAUAUUCGACAGUGGUUGGGAGUGGUGGUGGAUGGCGGGAAGAGGUUGGAAGAAGGGAAGGGAGAGAGAGGAGGGCUGGAGGGAAGGAAUGGAGAGGGACAGAGAGGGGGGCUGGGAGGAGGGGAUGGAGGAGGAGAGGGAGGAGAGGGAGGAGAGGGAGGAGAGGGAGGAGGGCAUAAACGGAAGAAAGCGUCGAAGGGGGGAGAGAAGCAGGAAGCGUUGGAGAGGGGAGGGCAGGAAGAAAGCGGGAAGGGGCUUGCUUUGAGACGCCUCAUAUCACAGGAGGAGUGGCGGAUGGAGCCUCAGGCUGUAUCAUCUUCCCUCAACAGCAACAGCAGCGCCGCUGGUGCUGCUGCUUCUAUCACUCCCUCAUUCUCUGAGCACUCCUGCUCCCCUCCUCUUACUCAUACGGAUUGCUGCACCCCUCAAAAGCGACAAGCUAGUCGCCUGCAUUCCCCUUCACCUGCUUCUCCUCCUGCUUUGCCUCCUGCGUCUCCCGCUUCUUCUUCUCCUCCGCCUGCUCCCUCUCCUCCCACUGCUCCCCCUGCUCCCCGUGUUCCCGCUCCUCCUUCUGCUCCCCCUGCUGCCCCUUCCCCCCCUGCCCCUUCUGCUCCUUCUGCACGUGGGAAGGCCUUGGAAACGCCUCUAAACCCCUCCUCAUCUCUCGACAUGAACACUGUUCCUUUCACCCAUCCAGCUGCCACAGCACCAACCCCUCCUCUCGCCUUCCCUUCCGUUCCUAUCACUCGCCCGCAUUUUGUGCCGCAAGAGUUUACGAGCCUACACGUUUUCACCGACCCUGCCACCAUGCCUGUCACCGUGCCUAUCACCAAGCCUCCUGCCGUACCUGGUGGUGCUGCUGAACCUGAUCCUGGCGCUGCUGGUCACAAGCUCGGGGGAGGUUCGGGGAAAGGUGGGGCAGGAAAGGAGGGGGUAACUGGUGCGGAUUUACCUGGUGUUGGUGAUGCUGUAGUGGGGUUAGGGAGCGAGGGGAGUGGGGGUGUGGGUGAGGGGGUGGCAGUGGAAAAAGGCUCUCUGGGCCUGAAACGAGUGACUGCUGCCGAUCGUGAGAAGACGGGCGGUCAUGCUUCAAGGAUGGCUGGAGUUGAGACGAUGUGGGGAGGGAUGGAGGGAGGGAUGGGAGGAGGGAUGGAAGGAGGGAUGGAAGGAGGGAUGGGCGGAGGGAUGGGCGGAGGGCUUAGGGAAGGUGUGGAGAACGGAGAUACAGAAGGUGUUUCAGGAACAGGGAUGGAGAAAGGAGGGAGGGCAGGGAUGUCAGGAGCCGCUGUUCGCCUGAUGGGGUUCAACUUGACGCUCUCUCAAACACCAGUCACCACCACCACCACCCCUGCUGCUGUUGCAUCACCACUCUCCUCACGUCCGUGUCUCAACUGCACGCCACCCCCACACCCCGCUGCUUCUCCCUCCCACGCCUCUCGCUCCCGUCUCUCCCUCUCCUUUGUCUCCGAUCCUGCUCUUCCCGAUGCUUUAGAGCCAGUAAUCGGCUCGCAAGACAGCCUCGUGAGGAGCUACUGGGAGGGUGCGGUUUUUGAGUCCCAUCACACCGGUUCCUCUCGCUCCCAUGGCAAAACCUGCUAA